AAAGGCCGUCGCGGAGCCGCCCCCAGCGAGCGGCGGCGGACGAGCGCGGCCAUGGCGGACAUGGAGGACCUCUUCGGGAGCGAUGCGGACAGCGAAACGGAGCGGAAAGAUUCUGAUUCUGGUUCGGACUCAGAUUCUGAUCAAGAGAAUGUUGCUUCUGGCAGUAAUGCCUCUGGAAGUGAAAGUGAUCAAGAUGAAAGAGGUGAUUCAGGAAAGCCAAGUAAUAAGGAACUGUUUGGAGAUGACAGUGAGGAUGAGGGAGUAUCUCAUCAUAGUGGGAGUGAUAAUCACUCGGAAAGAUCAGAUAAUAGAUCAGAAGUAUCUGAGCGAUCUGACCAUGAAGACAAUGACCCCUCAGAUGUAGAUCAGCACAGUGGUUCAGAAACCCACAAUGAUGAUGAAGAUGAAGGUCACAGAUCAGAUGGAGGGAGUCAUCACUCAGAAGCAGAAGGUUCUGAAAAAGCACAUUCAGAUGAUGAAAAGUGGGGCAGAGAAGAUAAAAGUGACCAAUCGGAUGAUGAAAAGAUACAGAAUUCUGAUGAUGAGGAUCUGGCACAAGGAUCUGAUGAAGAUAAGCUGCAGAAUUCUGAUGAUGAUGAGAAAAUGCAGAACACAGAUGAUGAGGAGAGGCCUCAACUUUCAGAUGAUGAAAGACAACAGCUAUCUGAGGAGGAGAAGGCUAAUUCUGAUGAUGAUGAACGACCAGCAGCUUCUGAUAAUGAUGACGAGAAACAGAAUUCUGAUGAUGAAGAGCGGCCACAGAUGUCUGAUGAGGAGAAAAUGCAAAAUUCUGACGAUGAAAGACCCCAGGCCUCAGAUGAAGAACCUAGGCAUUCAGAUGAUGAUGAGGAGCGGGACCAUAAAUCAGAAUCUGCCAGAGGUAGUGAUAGUGAAGAUGAAGUUUUACGAAUGAAACGCAAGAAUGCAAUUGCGUCCGAUUCAGAAGCGGAGAGUGAUACUGAGGUACCCAAAGAUACUAGUGGAACCAUGGAUCUGUUUGGAGGUGCAGAUGAUAUAUCUUCAGGGAGUGAUGGAGAAGAUAAACCACCUACUCCAGGACAGCCUGUUGAUGAAAAUGGAUUGCCGCAGGAUCAACAGGAGGAGGAACCAAUUCCUGAGACCAGAAUAGAAGUCGAAAUACCCAAAGUAAACACUGAUUUAGGAAACGACUUAUAUUUUGUUAAAUUGCCCAACUUUCUCAGUGUAGAGCCCAGACCUUUUGAUCCUCAGUAUUAUGAAGAUGAAUUUGAGGAUGAGGAAAUGCUGGAUGAAGAAGGUAGAACCAGGUUAAAACUGAAGGUAGAAAAUACUAUAAGAUGGAGGAUACGCCGGGAUGAAGAAGGAAAUGAAAUUAAAGAGAGCAACGCUCGGAUAGUCAAGUGGUCAGAUGGGAGCAUGUCCCUGCAUUUAGGCAAUGAAGUGUUUGAUGUUUACAAAGCCCCACUGCAGGGGGAUCACAAUCAUCUUUUUAUCAGACAAGGUACUGGUCUACAGGGGCAAGCUGUCUUUAAAACCAAGCUCACAUUCAGACCUCACUCUACAGACAGUGCCACACAUAGAAAGAUGACCCUGUCACUUGCAGAUAGAUGUUCAAAGACACAGAAGAUUAGAAUCUUGCCAAUGGCUGGUCGUGAUCCUGAAUGCCAGCGCACAGAAAUGAUUAAGAAAGAAGAAGAACGUUUGAGAGCUUCUAUUCGUAGGGAAUCUCAGCAGCGCCGAAUGAGAGAGAAACAGCACCAGCGAGGGCUGAGUGCUAGUUACCUAGAACCUGAUCGAUAUGAUGAGGAGGAGGAAGGCGAGGAGUCCAUCAGCUUGGCUGCCAUUAAAAACCGAUACAAAGGGGGCAUUCGGGAGGAACGGGCCAGAAUCUAUUCCUCAGACAGUGACGAGGGAUCAGAAGAAGAUAAGGCUCAAAGAUUACUCAAAGCAAAGAAACUCAACAGUGAUGAGGAAGGUGAACCUUCUGGAAAGAGAAAAGCAGAAGAUGAUGAUAAAGCAAGUAAAAAACAUAAGAAGUAUGUGAUCAGUGAUGAAGAAGAAGAAGAUGAUGAUUGAAGUACAAAAUGUGAAAACAUUUUAUAUACUUUAUUGUACAGUUUGUUUUAUAUGGUGUAAACAUGAGUUAUUUUGAUUGAAAUGAAUUGAUUUCCUUUUGUGUAAUUUUAAUUGUAAUAAAAAAACUUAAAA